AUGCUCAAAUACCCAUCGGUCAUUAGAUAAAUGACACGCCCCUUUAAGUCCAAUGGCUAGCGGGACCUAUCCCACCCCCGCCAGCUGCUGCUGUGCAAAAGGGUCCAACAUCACAUCAAGUCACCAAGUAUCAAGUAAUAAAGCACCUCGCCGCAAGACAUCUCUAUAAUGUUAUUCAAAGAAUCCAUCCCAAGUAAAUUUGUCCCCGGGUCCGCAACCCAAUUCGUGCCCGGCCGCACAGGCAACAACAACAACAACAACAGCACCGAAGAUAGCAUCCUCCAGCCCCCGGCGGAGAUCAUAACCUUCUGGACCCGCCUCGUCGAAAACCCCGAAACCCUCACCGACGAAGACCGCCUCAAAGCCCUGUCAAGACACCCCCUCCCCGAGACCAACGCCCUCUGCGAAGAGAAAUGCGGUCUGACCCUCGACGCCCUCAUCGACAAAGCCAUCGACUCCCCCGAGGCCCUCUCGCAGCAGGAAUGCCAGAUCCUGCGCAGCGGGUACUCCUUCCGCGAUACGAAGGGCCGGUGGGAUGCGCCGAGCAACAUCAUCCGCUGGCCGCGCGAUCUCAAACUGUUGAGGCUGGGCGCCAUGGCGAAUGCGCUCACGCCGCGGGAUCGCGUGGCGGAGAGUCGCGCGGUCAAACGCGUCGAGGCCAUCAAUGAGGCUGUGUUUCAGGCUCGAGGGAAACUGGAUGCAAGUUUCGACGUGAUGAAUAUCCGGAACGCUAAUAAAUUGCCUUGGGUCGAGGGCAUUCUUGAGCGAGUCAAGGACGCCGGGAAGGUGGAGUGGGGCUUUGUGGCGUUUAGGACGGACUUUGGCGAUGAGAAGGCUUGGAAGAGGUUCACGGAGCAGAUUGAGGAUGCGGUCAACACCGCGGUAUGGUUGGCGAAGAUGCCGGAGAGGUUGCAGGGGAAGUGGAAGAUUGUGUGGGUUGAGGAGGAGAGUUUGAAGGGAGCGAAUGUGGAGAAGUUGUGCGAGUGAGUUUUGGUGAUGUUCUUUUUUUUUGUCUCGUUUGAGUUUUGCGUUUGGAGACCAUGGACUGAACUUUCUAUUCCUAGGAAUUUCCGAGUGCUCUGCGACAAGGAAGGCGAUGAUGCAUUAUCGCCUGGAAUCAGCAGGGAUGCUUUCCUCUACGUUGAUGCUCAAGCCA